UCCAUGUAUCCUUUUUUUCCAUUUUUGCACUAAUCUGCCCAUCAUAAAUUAUUACGCCAACAACAGCCCACUCCACUGCAUGGCCAACCAUCGUCCACUCUGAGCACAUCCUCAGUGUUCGCCACGACAUCCUCCCAAAGGACUAUAACGAUCCUGCACCACUCCGCAAACGCAGCCUCGUCGAUAUUGAUAACAACGGCAAUGGUCUUUCAGCUAUUACGAGGCAUGAUAUGGUCCGCAUACAAUUCAGGGCGUAUAAUACCACGUUCUACCUCCAUCUGGAACCCAACCUGGAUCUCAUCCACCCUGAGGCUGAUCUUGGAGAAGGGAUUUCACUCGAUGAAAUCAUGGCAUUUAAAGGCGUCGUCGUUGAGGACGAGUUCCACUCCGACCGCAAGUGGGAUAGGGCCGCGAGGACUACAAGGGCCGAGACCAAGCGGACAGUCGAGUACAUGUUGUAUGAGGAAGGCGUCCUCGGAUGGGCUCGCAUGAUGAUUGAGCACGACCCAGAAAAUGAGAAUGCAUUGGUCCUCAGAGGCGCAUUCAUGGCGAAUGGAGACACAUAUCAUGUCACCACACAGCAACAUUAUCACAUUCAAAAGAGAUCUGACGACGCUGUACCGCCGACCCCAUCUUCAGGAUCCCAUCUCAUCAUCUACAGGGACUCUGAUCUUUACGCCCGACCAAACAGUUUUCAAAGGAAACGUGGAUUGGUCCCGCAGGACGAAUCCUCAUGCGGUGCAGAAGCGCUAAUCAGGACAGGUGUAUCGGAAGCAGAGGCAGGGAGCGUCGACAGUGCAAGAUCAUUGCUUCAUGAAUACUACUACCCACCCAACCUGACAACCUCGAUUCCAGCUACAAGAGAAUUCGAUUUGAGCUCGUCGUGGACAGAUCUUUGGAAGAAGGGCCCUCUGACGAAACGAGAUGUCGCUGUCAAGGUCGCGGGACCCAACCCAGUUCCAGAGGGAUGCCCCGCCAAUCGUCUCGUCAACUACAUGGGUGUUGCCGCAGAUUGUACCUACGUCCGCAGUUAUCGAAGCGUCGCUAAUGCCCGGAAGCAGAUCUUUGCAGACUUUAACACGGCAUCAGGGAUUUAUGAGAGCACGUUCAACGUUGCACUCGGAGUGAUUGCACUCAACAUUAUCCAGGAUGAAUGUCCUACCACGCCAGUCAAGGGGCAGGAAUGGAACCAGGAGUGCUCGAAUGACUAUUCAAUCGACCAGCGCUUGAGCGAUUUCUCGUUCUGGAGAGGUCAGUCAGGACGGGCGAGCGAUGGAGCUGGACUGUGGCAUCUGUUGACAAAGUGCAAUUCGGGAGCAGUGGUUGGGAUCGCGUGGACCAAGGCCCUCUGCCAGGCAAAGACGCAGUCGCAGCCCGGGCAGGGGAAAGGUGGUCAGCAGUAUACUGCGGGAACGGGUGUUUCAUCAAUCUCGCCAAACGAGUGGAUGGUGGUGGCGCACGAAAUUGGACAUAACUUUGGAGCAAUCCAUGAUUGCAACCAGCAAACAUGCCCUGCGAGUGGAUCGAGUGGCCAGUGCUGUCCCUUGUCAUCAACGACAUGUGAUGCAGGUGCAAAGUAUAUCAUGAAUCCCUCAGAAUCGACACCGACAAAGCUCUUCUCGCCUUGCAGUAUCAAGGCCAUCUGUGGCACCAUCAAGAGCUCUUCAGGCCAAUGUCUCAAGCCGCCAGGAACGCGCACGACCCAAAAUUCAGAGAGCAAUAUCUGCGGCAAUGGACUCAAGGAGGCGGGCGAGGAAUGCGACUGUGGGUCUCCGGAGGAUUGUGCAAAGGAUCCGUGCUGCGACGGCACAACCUGCAAGCUAAAGAAUGGAGCCGUGUGUGAUGAUUUGAAUGAUGAUUGCUGUCAGAACUGUAAGCUGCGUCCUGCAGGUCAGGUCUGUCGUAAGGCUAUCUCAAAUUGCGAUAUCCAGGAGGUCUGUUCAGGGACGAAUGCCACCUGUCCACCGGACGAGCGAGUCGCCGAUCAGACGCCGUGCGAAGGAACAGGGAACCAAACAGGACUCGCGUGUGCCAAUGGGGUGUGCACUUCGAGGGACCUGCAGUGUCAACAGCAGGACCGUUCCGGGAUCAGCAAGCAGUGCGGAGCAUCCAAUUCUUGCGAUUUGACCUGCAACGACCCUAAAGGCUCGGCCUUGAGCUGCAUGCAGAUCCCAGGCACAUUCUUUAUCGACGGCACCCCCUGCGGCUUUGGAGGCACAUGCAAUGCAGGAACUUGCGAGUAUAGCAGUGGUGCGGAUGGGGUUUGGAACUGGAUCAAGACUCACCUCAUGAUCGCCAUCCCUGUCGCGAUUAUUCUGGGACUAAGCAUUCUGUGCUGUAUCUGGAGUUGCUGUUGUGCUGGAUGUGUCGCCAGAAGGAGACAUCAACAGAUGGGCAAACCCCAGAUGUUGGGAGCGAAUGGAUAUCAAUAUGCGGGCUAUGUGCCACCUCAAGGCGCUCCUGGUCCAGUUCCACCACAGCAUUAUCCGAUGCAACCGAUGCCACCGGCACCAGCGUAUCAGGAUGGAGGACUUGCGCAAAAUCAAGGACAUCCUUCGGGCUACACAUACCAUGCGGACGACAGUAACAAUACCGCUAACCCAUUUGGGGAUCAUAAUGCAGUGAAUCCGCACCAGCAACAGCAGAGGCCGGCUCCUAGCGGAUAUAUUUAACGAAGCAA